AUGAUUGAAGUCUUGAUAUUGAAGAUUGAAGACCCAGGGUGCUUUUGGGUCAUUGUAAAAGGAUGCAGGACUUUUGUAGACAGUGAAAUGGAAUAUAAAAAACUACAUGCUGAAAUGAAUCAGUUCUAUAACAGAGAUGUGGAGGAAGUAAAGCCAUUAACAUUAGAAGAAGGGCAGGUUUGUGUGGUUUUUUGUCAGGAACUGAAAUGCUGGUGUAGAGCAGUUGUUAAGUCAAUCCUGUUCUGUGCUGAUCAUUACCUGGCAGAGUGUUUCCUUGUGGAUUACGCCAAGUAUACUCCUGUUAAAACAAAAGACAUUCGGGUUGCAGUGGAAGCAUUUAUGCAACUCCCAUAUAGAGCGAAAAAGUUUAGACUGUACUGCACAAAGCCAGUCACUUUGCGUAUAGAUUUCUGUGAAGACGCUUCAGAAAUAGUACCUGCAAAGAGAUGGGACAGUGCUGCUAUUCAGUACUUUCAAAACCUUCUAAAAGGAACCACCCAGAUUGAGGCAAAGUUAUGUGCUAUAGAAGAUGACAAUUUUGAUGUUUAUCUUUAUGUAACAAUAAAAGAUGAAAAGAUAUGUGUUAAUGAUGAUCUCGUUGCAAAGAACUUUGCUUGUUAUGUGAUGACUAAAGAAAACACAGUUAAUUCUGCCAAAAAUCAAAAGCCAUGGUCCUCAUUAAGUCUGAAGUCUUCUCCAGAGAAAGUGAUCAGUCCUGCACUUGCUCUUUGGCCAAUGUUAAUGCAGGGGAAGGUACACAAUAAUCUUGAAACAAGUGGUGAUGCUUCUAAUUUUUUUCUUGAAAAGACAUGCAGAAAAAUUGCUGCACCUGCUGUUAAUGGAAAAACUGAGUCUACUGUCAGAGCAACUGUGGGUUUCUCUUUGAAGGAAAAUAUAAAUAUUUCUGCACAGCCUACUGUGCAGGUAAACAGGCUCCUGCAGUUUUUGAAUCCUGAUUCUUUGAAAACUGGUGAUAUUCAGUAUGAACAGCAGGAGUUUCAAAAGAUUAAUACAGCACAACCUCCCAUUGUUCUCAGCAACAAAAUAGAGCCAAGAUCAGUUCUUGAAACAACACCACUUUUGGUAGAUCUGAAAAAGGAGCUUCUCCGAAAUAAAUUUCUAGGUCCUAAUCUCACGGAAUCUUACUGUUGGCCACCAAUAGCUCGUGGAUGUGACUCAGUUGUCAUUUCUCAUCAUGGAAAUGAUCCUCUUUUGUAUAUUCCACCAGUUCUUACAUUUUUACGGUCAGGAAGCUGCUACAAGUCACUGCCAACUAGGAAUGGACCAGUAGCAUUAAUCAUAUGUCCUGGGUGGAGGAAAGCACAACUUGUUUUUGAAUUAUUGGAAAAAUAUGGCAGAUGCUCCAGGCCACUUCAUCCAAUGUUGAUAUUAUUAGGACUGAAUAAAGAAGAAGCCAAAAAUGUGAAACUUCAACGAGGAUGUGAAGUGAUUGUAACUACACCACACAGCCUUUUGAGACUGCUUGAACACCAUAGCUUAUUCUUUCUUAGACUCUGUCAUCUUGUUUUUGAUGAGGUUGAUAACUUGUUCUCUGAAGCUAGCAAACAAAUAUUUACUAUAUUAGAGUAUUACAAGAAAACAAUUACUAUUGAAGAGCGGGAAUCGGCACCACAUCAGAUUGUUGCUGUUGGAAGUCAUUGGAGUAAACAUAUAGAACAUUUAACAAAAGAAUUCAUGAAUGAUCCUUACAUUGUGAUAACAGCUAUGGAAGAAGCUUCCAUAUAUGGAAAUGUGCAACAGGUGGUGCAACUUUGCUUGAACUGUGAGAGAAUCUCUGUAUUACUCCAGAUACUGGAUUUUACUCCCAGUAAAGCUCAAAAGACCCUGAUUUUCACUAAUUCUGUAGAUGAAACAGAAAUGGUCUAUAAGGCAGUGGUGAGUAGUUCCAUAUUCUGCUUGAAAGCACACAGAGAAAUUGAAUUUCAUUUCAAAUAUGCUGUAGAGCAAUGGAAACAAAUUUUUAGUUCUGGCAGCCAUGUUGUGUUAGUUUUAACUGAUGACUGCAUGCCAUCCUUGGGAAUUACUGAUGCAACUUGUGUGGUUCAUUUUAGUUUUCCUGCUUCUCCAAGAGUCUUUGGUGUGCGCUUACACAGCAUGUCUGAUAACUUCCAGAAUGUACUAGAAAAGGGUUCCUCUAUAGAUCAAGUAUACACAAAGGCAAAAUCAAUCUUAUUGCUGACAGAAAGAAAUGGAUGCCAUGCAGUUGGUGUACUGCGUUAUUUAGAACACACAGAUGCUAAAAUUCCACCGGAACUGUGUGACUUUACAGCGGGGGUGCUUGAGGCCAAAGAAGAUAUGAAACUUGCAAGGCCUCUUUGUCAGUACCUUAAAAGAUCUGGUGUUUGCAAGGAUAUGAGAAUAUGUCCAGAUCGUCAUCGGGUUCACUUACAAAUAGACUUACCCCAAGAGAUGUCAGAUAACACUAUACCAAUGGCUGGAUGUGUCACAAUAGUACCUCUCCACAUUGUGGAUGCAACAAACUACUUCGGUCGCAUAAUAGAUAAACAAAAAGAUCAAUAUGCAAUUCUUGUUGGAGAGAUGAUUGAGUAUUUUAAGAAAGCCAGGAAUAAAGUGUCAGUUGAAAUGGUGGAGAAACUAGCACUGUAUGGAUUACAUGAAGAAGGUCUUUUUCACAGGGUUCAAGUGUUGGAGAUACCCCCAAAAGAAGAAAAUUGUUUCUUCUGCAAUGUUACUAUCCGGUACAUAGAUGAAGGCAGAACUGGUCGAGUUCAGGUUCAUCAGCUGUUUCACUUACCUACAAGAUUUCAAAUUUUGCCCCCGCAAGCUGUGGAAUUUAUUGUUUGUAGGGUGAAACCUAUUGAUAAUGAAAUCGAAUGGAACCCUAAGGUUACUAGAUAUAUUCAUCACAAAAUUAGAGGAAAACUUCAUGAAGCAAAAAUAGUGCUUGCCUUGGGAAAUACAGUUUGGGUUGAUCCAAUGGUCCGGGUCACCAAGCUUUCAGAGUUGAAGACUUCUAUCAAUGAAUACAAUAUUCGAUCUGAGAUUUUGUCUAUGGGAAUGGGAAUUGACAAUCCAGAACAUAUAAAACAACUUCAAAAGUUGUGUAAACAUGCAAAAAUGUUAGCUCUUGAGGAGAAAACCUUGCAAACUUUAAGUGCGCCGGAGCAGGAUGCGGACAGCCCGCAGAGUGUGCCAGAGAAGGAUGUUGCCAGUCCACAUAGCUUAUUAAUGGGAGAAAAUUUUACAGACAUUUGCAAUAGCUCUCAAAUGACUUUGGAAAAUCAUCAGUGUGAUACUAUAUCUGAACUUAAGAAAGCAGAAGGAUCUACACAGCAUCAUCAUAAAUGUUUCUAUCCAGAAAUAAAAUGGUUUCAAAAGGAAGAUACUGUUACCAUGAAGAUAAAAUUAAGAAAUGUACAUGACUAUAAAUGUGAAUUUUUUGGAGACAAGGUUGUAUUCAGUGCUUUUUCAGGAGACAAAUUUUAUGUGGCUGACAUGGAGUUGCAUGCAAGCAUACUUAAAGGAAAGUCUGUUUGUGUGAUUAAGAAUGAAGAACCUGUGAUUAUCCUUGCAAAAGACAAGAAGGAAUUUUGGUGCCGUCUACUAAAGCAUAAGAUUCCUAAUGUGUCUUUUGAUUUUGAACACUGGGAAGAUUUUGAAGAUAAAAGCCCCUUUCCUGUUGGUGCACAAAAAGCAUAUCAUUCUUCUGCAUUGAUAACAGAAGAAAUGGAAGAAUCCUCAGAAGAUAGUGGAACAGAGAGUGAUGACUAGCCAGCAGAUAAAUCUCUAUUAAUCCCUUUUCUUCUCCCAACCCACAAUGAUUAUUAAAGAUUGUUUUGCAGCCCUUAUUCAGAUGAAUAUUUCCUGUAAAUUCCAUGGAACUACUUGCAGAGUUUAAGGGCUUGAGGAUCAAGUCUUUAAUUUUUUUAGUAAAAUAAUAGUGAAUGAUGCCCUUUUAUUGUAUUAAAAUAUGUUGUUUGAUUCAUUUUGGAUACUUGAAUUUGAAAUCUUUUAUACCGUUCAAGAAGAAAGAUUAUGUAUGUUCCUCUCAAUGUUUUUUGUUAAUUUACUUUAAAAUAGCGUUGUCACUUAUUGAUGGUGUACUGUAUAAAAAAACUUUGCUGCCCAGACAGCAAAAAUAAAGAAAAGGACUAAACUGGGUGUGGGGAGCAAAUGAUUGGUUUAGUGGAUUGGCAGUAAGUUGCAGAACUCGGUCACUGAUGCAUAUUUAGUCUGUGUUAACAAUGAUUAAAAACUGUUGCCAUGUUACGAUUCUUCACUGGCCUCAGUGAA